AUGAAGUGUCAGGCAGUGGCCUCCGUGUCGCAGGAGGGCACCCAGCCUGAAGACGAGGAUGAGGUGGCCUUCACCGAGGGUGCCGAGGAGGGCCUGGCAGCCAAGCGCGCGGCGGAGAUGGGCGGCGCGGUGGCCGCCGAGGCGAUGCUUCGCGGCCCCCACCUGCGGGGCGCCCGCGUCAGGACCUGCAUCGCCGGCUUUGACCUGGGCAUUCCUCUGGACCUUGCCCUCUUGGCGGACCAGCUGCCGAACACGCAGUACACCGAAAAGGGGACGUUGCAGCUCCGCGGCUUGCGCCCGCACCGCUACGUGGCCGAGGUCGGUCGGCGGGGCCGGAUCUCACUCCGGACCAACGUCGAUGAGGAGGAGGUAGCCUACGGGGUCCCCCUCCAUCUAAGGCGGGGCUUUGGAUGGAGGCCCCUGUCCAGCCAAGGCGGGGAUCCAAGGCCUGGUGAAGCGGCACUACAGCGCAUCGGCGACCUUCCGAUCCUGGAAGGACCUGUUUUUGGCCCUGUCAAGAGCUAUAAAUGGUAUCUAAGAUACUUAGUUCCAUCCUUCCCCAUCACGUAA